GUGUGCGCGCUCCAGUGGUGAGCAGAGGGGGAGGUUGAGUUUCCGGAGCAGCAUAGUUUCACUUUGACUCUUACAGCAGUGUCGCAGUCUUGUUUACCAACAGAGAGACUCCCAAAAGCAUAAAGAAGGCAGUCAUAGAGCUCAUAACCACACUCUGCAGGGCUCAGUGUGAACAUGGGGGCCAACUGGUCAGAGUCAAGAGUCCGUCUGAAAAAGUUCCUGUCCUCUGGCAUCACCAGCUGUGUGUCUGUCAGGAGGAAUGAUUCACAAGGCUGCACUGCAGAUGUUAAAGACACACCCCCCUCUCCUAAAGAGAAGCUGGACGAUCUUAUUGGUCCAGACAUCGGCUCUGUGGGAGAUCAUGACGACCUGAUGACUGAAAGAAGCAGACUGUCCAUAGAGUCCUUUGACUCUGGUGUGUCCUUCAAGAGUGAUCGGUCAAAAGAUGGACUGAUUCAUUUCAAAGAAGGAGUCUCUCCCAGCAGGUUAGAUCUGUCUUCCUUUGAGAAGAAGCACAAUGUGGCAGAUGAUGGUUUCUCUGAGUCUCCAGACGACCUGAUGGCUCGGAGAAGAACACUGUCUGAACCUGCCAAGAGUGGUUUCCACAUUCCUUUAAGACAACAAUCCCCUCUCAUCAUGGCUACGGGAAGCAUCGAGUCCUUUGACUCUGGUGUGUCCUUGAAGAGUGAUUGGUCAAAAGCUGAACCGAUUGAUUUCAAAGACAGAGUCUCUCCCAGUGAGCUGGACUUUUCAUCUUCAGAAAGAAGCACGUUGUGGCACAUGAUGAAGAUUUGGUCGAGUCUUCAGACGACCUGGAGGAGAUGAACCAGGAGCUGUCGUCUGAAGUGGGAUGGAAACAUGGUUGAGGCACCCGUCAGCAGCUGCACCUGAUGGUCUCUUCAUAUAAUCAUGCCUGCUGAUACUUCCUGUAUAGUUUCAUCAUAAACUACACAGAGUCUGUUGUAUAUUAACACUGGACUGUUUUAGUGAUUGAAGUCUGUAGCAACACAGAGACUUUAGAUUUAACGUGUACAGAUGUGAAGCCCUGACUGUAUCUGACUGAUCUGUAAUUAAAGCUGUUGUCUUGUA